AUGUCAUAUUUGACUGGACAAGCAAGCGCCGGGCCCUCCGUUAGCAUGACUCCUGACUGCGUGGACUCCAACGAGCCGACAGCCCAAAGUGAUGUGAGGCCUCGGGCGAUGGGUGUGAUCCUGAGCAUCGCCGCUUGCCUCAUCAUCUCCACCAACCUGCUGGUGGCAGUCGCUCUUCUAAAGCUGCUCCUCAAGAAGAGCAGCCAGAGCUGGUGCUUUGUCCUCAAUUUGGCACUAGCCGACGCCCUGGUAGGCGUGGCCAUCACUGGUCUGGCCACAGAAGACUUCAACAACAGCAACAAGAACAUCUCUCAGAGCCAGCACCCCCACAUCACUGCUGACCCCCCCACAAACGCUAUACCUCCUGCUCAGGGGAGGACCCGGUGUUUGAUGAGGAUGGCCUUCGUGACAUCGCCCUGCACGGCAUCCAUCAUGUCCAUGUUCCUGAUCUCACUUGACCGCUAUGCAGCCAUCAAGAUGCCCCUGCGGUACUCCCUGCUUUCGGGGAAGGGGAUAGCAGUCUGGUCCCUGCUGACUCUGUGGAUCAGCUCUCUCACUGUGGGAUUCUUGCCAGUCAUGGUGCGGCAGCUGCAGGCCGAGGGCUACAACGGCUUUUGCGCCUUCUUCUCCGUCAUUCAUGAAGUGGGCAUCAUCGUCUUAUUCAGCGCGUGCUUCUUCCCCAUUCUCUCUGUCUUCGUCUACAUCUACCUGGACAUCCUGAAGAUCGCCUGCAGCCACCAGAAGCAGAUCUUUCAGGUUAGGCAAGCAGGCUCCAGGACAGCUGAUCACCAGGGGCAUCAACAUUGUCAAAAUAACCACCAGCAUCAGCAGCUGAGAAGUGGUUACUGGAGUCAUGUCAAGGCCCUGAGGACGGUGGCAGUGCUUGUGGGCUGCUUCUUAGUGCUCUGGUGCCCCUUCUUUGUGGUGUGCAUAGUGCACGUUCUGUGUAAAAGCUGUGAACUCACUGAAGUGUUGGAGAAUCAUCUAUGGCUAUUGGGACUGACCAACUCGCUGAUCAACCCCCUGGUGUACGCCUUCUGGCAAAGGGAGGUGCGGUUGCAGCUAGCAGCCAUGUUUUCCUGCUUUACAGGCAGGUCGCCGGCUGCUGGACCUCCAGGUAUCACAGAAAGAUAUGAGCCUCAGUCACCUGUGCAGACUCAAGUCUGUGUUUCUGGUAGAGAUACCGUUAACCCCUCUUUGUUGCAGCCAAUUACCUGCAACAAUGAGCCUCACACUGCGGCGCUGUCUGCCACGACUCACUUAUGA